AUGUCGCAGGUGGGGAAGGAGGAAGCAGAGGAGAGCCAGCGUGCCAACCAGCCAGCAUCAGCUGAGCCAGCAGCGAGCUACGCAGCCCAGGAGCUGGAGGGGAGCCCUUGUCUGGGGAGGGUGGUCAAGUUCCUCCUGCCCCAUACUACAGUUGAAGCCCCCCUGCCCCAGGAGGAGGAGCAACAAUUCUACCAGGGGCUGGAGCGCCUGCUGGGGCCAAAGCAAGGCCGCUUCGGGGAGCUGUUCGCUGCCGCUGGCUGGGCAGAUGUCACAGAGGACAGAUUCCUGAGGAAGUUGUUGGUGAGAGAAGGCCAAGGAGAGGCCAGCAGACCCCAGCCAGGCCAGGAGGUGACUGUGAAGCUGCUGGGAGUCCUGGAGGAUGGAAGCCUGGUGGAGAAGGACCCGAAGCUGACUUUCAUCCUGGAGCAGGGGGACGUCAUACAGGCUCUGGAGCUCGGUGUCCAGUCCAUGCAGCUAGGAGAGGUGUCCUUCCUGCUCACCAGCUUCCUGUAUGCUUACGGUCACCUGGGCAGGGACCCUGAUAUCCCAUCGGAUGCCUCAUUACUGUAUGAGGUGACCCUGCUGCAGAUCCGGGACAGCCCCGAUCUGGGGCUCCUGCCACCCUCUGCGCGAAUCGGCCUCAGCAAGCAGAAGAGGGAGCGAGGGAACUUCCACUUUGAGCGGGAGGAGUACCAGCGGGCCAUGCGAUCCUACCAGCUGGCCCUGGGCAUCCUGGACUCACCUGGUGCAGUCCCUCCAAGCCCCGAGGAGGAAGAGGAGCUGCAAGAGCAUCAAGUGAAAUGUCUGAAUAACUGUGCGGCUGCCCAGCUGAAGCUGCAGCUGUUUGAGGAGGUGUUGGCAUCAUGCAAUGCAGUGCUGCACAUCGACCCCGACAACGUGAAGGCUCUCUACAGGAAAGGCAAGCUGCUGUCAGAACGAGGAGAGGACCAGGAAGCCAUGAAUAUCCUAAAGAGAGCCCUCCAGCUAGAGCCCACCACAAAGGCAAUCCACGCUGAGCUCUCAAAGCUAGCGAAGCGUCAGAAAGGGCAGCCGGAACGCCCUGCCCCCACAGGCGUGGACGGCCUGGUGCAGCCAGCAGCGCGCCAGAGCGCAUGGGUCACCCCCUGGAAGCUGCUUUUUGGUGCUGUGGCCGUGGCUCUGGGCAGCACGGUGACCUCCAUCUUCCUGACAACACGGAGCUGA